UCAAUCACAGUUUACGAAAAUUCAUUUAAAAUGUUUCAAGACCGGGUGUGAAGUUCUGGGUUUCGCAACGUCUUGUUUAUAGCUUACAACGGAAAUUUCAUUAGUUUUGUCGCUUAAGAUAAAGUCUCGCCAGACAACGGAAGCUUCAGAACAACGUACAAACAAUCACUGCAUUGGUUCAAGAUCACACCACUUGAAUUUUUCGCUGCAGUGAAUCUGGUUACAUAAUUUUAUUUAUUCUUCACAAAUACGUCUUCAACUGCCAAAAAAAAAUCUUUUCUGGGCCGAGUUUGAAGAAAUUUAAGGAAUUCUUUCACCAUUUAGAGGAUUUUUGCAUUAAGAUUAGUGCUACAAGUUUACUCGUGCUCCGACUUGGAAGGCUACAGACAUGAGAGUAGGUUUAGAUUCGUCCUCCGAAGAAGAUGAACCUCUAUUUAAUAUGGAGGAUGUGGAACAAAGAGCGUUUGAAAAAGACAGGGAUCUGCCCCUGUGGAAGCGAUUUCUGAUCACGUUGAAAAAACUGGGAGAAGACAGGAACAGUUUGAAGUCCACACUUUGUUAUUGUGGUGUGUUCAUGGUAUUUGGAAUGUCAGAUGAAAUUCUGGGUCCUACUCUUCUCGAGCUCAAAUGUUUAACUGGAAAGUCUAUCACCCUCAUGAGCGUGCUGUUUUUUGUUCACGAUUUGUGCAACGUUUUUGGAUCAACAUCCGGAGGAUAUUUAGUCGAUCGAUUCAAUCCCAAUGUCCUGGUGACAAUAGCUCUCGGCCUAAGUGCUAUUUGCAUCAUAGCCAUUCCACUCAGUCAUAUCUUCGUCAUCAUGCUGUUUUUGGCUGGAGUAUUUGGCGGGUGUUUCGGCGCCACGGACACGUUCACAACCGUGCAACUGAUACGCAUGUAUGGCAAACAGGUCUCUCCGUAUUUGCAGGCUCUCCAUUUUGCAUAUGGUUGCGGCGGAUUCUUGAGCCCGCUGAUAGCACGGCCUUUCCUACGGCGUCGCUGUGUUCUGGUAGUGAACUAUACGACUAUUGUCGAUGAAUGGCCGUACGCAAAUUCUACUACUGGUAUUGACAAUUCUACACACAUAUUCCACACUCAGGAAGAGACACACCGUGAUACUCAUGUGCGUUGGGCCUACUGGAUUGUAGCCCUGUUGCACCUUCCAGUUAUAUUUGGUUUGCUGUGGCUGAUGUUUACGCGCAAGUUGGCAAAAAUAACAGGAACUCUCAAAAAAUACGAAUAUGAGAUGUACGAUGAACAAAGACUCAAUAAUCCAGGCUACAACCAUCACAUGGUUACAUUGUAUCUUAACGGAAACCCUCCAUGGCUAAAGGUCUUUGGAGACGAUCAGAAACCACGAGUUGUUGUCGUCACAGUUCUGACGUCACUGAUUCUGCUGCUGUACGAUGGUCUUAUGGCCACAUUUGGUGCCUUUGUGUAUUCCUACGCCGUUAAAGGAGCAGUUCACAUCAAACCGAGUCACGCGGCUUAUCUUAACUCCCUCUUCUGGGGUUCUCUAUCAGUUGGUCGAUUUGUGUCCAUACCUGUAGCCAUGUAUGUGAAGCCUCCCACAAUGCUGAUGAUAAACUUGGUUGGCUGCCUUUUGUCGACACUUUUCAUGUUAAUAUUUGAAGAAAGUGAGCCUGCACUCUGGUUAGGGACAGCGGGGGCUGGCCUAUUCAUGAGCAGUGUCUUCCCAACCAGCAUUGCGCUCGCCGAGUAUUACAUCGACCUCACAGCUCCCGUGACCAGUGUAAUGAUCGUCAGUGCAGCUCUGGGAGAACUUAUUUUACCCCUGGUAGUAGGACAGGUUUUCGAGAGACUGGGUCCCGUUAGUUUUCUGGCAAUUGCGUUCUGCGCAUGCUUUAUGGCUCUGAUGAUAUUCAUCCUUUUGCGGUCAGCGGAAAGAUCAGAGACUGACUGGCUUGGAUUUUUCUGGUUCGUUUGGUGUGGUCAACCUCCAAGUUCUGCAAACCAGCCAACAUACCAAACACAAGCCCACGACCCUACUCCUACCGUGGAAACUGGAGACAACCCUCCGAUAGAGACAGUGGAGCUGAACAUUCAAGGAUAGCAAAAUUGGGUUUUAGGUCAUAACGUCUUCUUUAGGUGGCCUAAAGUCGGUUUCUUUGGUUUUUUUUAACAAAAGUGUUUGCAGGAGGCACGUUUCUUCGCCCAUUGGAAUAUUUGAGACUAGUCGGAAAAGAGGUUUGCUGAGGGUUAGUGCCAGGCCUCUUUCAGACCCCUGGCUGGCACGAGGCGCCGAAGCACCAUUUAGGAAGGCCCGAUCGCCGGCUAAUGAUAUCGUAAUGCUGCCUUUUUUUUUCUUUCCUUUCCUCCAAAGGCUGAUUGGCUGUGAUUGCGGUUGAAGAAUCUAUUAAAGGAUAGAAUAGUUGUUUUUUGAGUGCACACAGUGUAUUUUUGCUUUGGUGAUUUCAAGCAUCUGUUCAAAUACUUUAAUUAUCUCCAAGAUAAUAUCAACUGCUCUCUCAUUUAGAUUUAGAUUUCGUUUGAUGGUUUUUCUUUGUUUGUUUUUUGGAAGCAUCAUGCUAAAAAUUGUGGUUGACGAUCAUUUAAACAAGAAAUUGUUAAACAAAGAAAUCGUUUGAAACCUUCUAAAACCUUAAAACCUUAAAUUUGGGAUUAGCAGACGAAACUUCAGAGUGUUUUUAGGUCAGUAUUUAAAAUCCUAUGUAAUGACGUUAUUUUUGUGUAUAGAUGGAAGUGGUGUUUUUGGGGUCAUUGAAAAUUUCUUCUGGGCUGAUUUGGCAAAUAAACCUUAGUUCCCUAAUAAUCCUUUCAGAAAUAAAAAGGGACAGCUUAUUUUAAUCUGCUGAACUGAUCUCCCCAGCCUUCUCUUCCUGUUCUGUGACAUUCGGUUAAGGCUUUAUAUUUUGCCUUUUUUUCCACCUUUGUUUUUUAACACGUUCAUGCUUUUCA